AUGCUCUCCAAUAGAUAUUACUGCACUUAUUGUGAAUCACCUUCUGAAGGAAAUGAUUAUAGGAGUUUUGAACUUUGUGCAUGGUGCUAUGGGCAUCAAUUUCCAAAUUAUCAUGAACAUCCUCGUUGUUCCUUUGCAGUACAGUCAAUCAUAGAUGAUGAUGCUAUUAAAAUGUCAUCAAAGGGAGAAGUAAUUUCAACAUUUGAUAAGGAUACUUGUGACACAACUUACACUGAAGAAAAUCUUGAAAUAUUAAAUAGCAACAUACCAAUUGAGAAUGAUAUGGGAUAUCUUUACCUUAAAGCUUGGAGCUCACGUAAGAUAUGUUGUUUCUGUAAUGAUGAUGAUCCUAAUCAGCUAGGCAACUUCAUUGGUCCUUAUCCAUUUAUUGCAAAUAUUUAUACACGACAUGGUGAAAGACAAAAAAGAUUUUGGUCACAUUAUGCUUGUGCAAAAUAUUCACCUGAAGUUUAUGUUACCAAGAAUAAUGAAUGGUAUAAUAUCACUAUAGCUUGGAAAAGAGGCAGAAGUAUGAAAUGUGCAAAAUGUAAAGAAAGAGGAGCAACAAUUGGAUGUUUUGAUCCAAAAUGUGCAAAAAGUUAUCACCUUGCAUGUACUGAAAAACCCCUUUCACAUUUUGAAAUGGGUGUGAUUUUUUAUUGCCCCACACAUGAAUCACGUUAUGCUCAAACAG